AUGGACGCCGCGGAAGUGUACGAGCAGAAGAAUGUGCACGAGGUCUACCAACAGAUCGCGGAGCACUUCUCUUCCACCCGCUACAAGCCAUGGCCCAUUGUGGAGCAAUUCCUCAAGGAGUUACAACCCGGCUCCGUCGGUCUUGAUGUGGGUUGCGGCAAUGGCAAAUAUCUCACCGUCAACAAAGAUGUUUUUAUAAUUGCCUCAGAUAGAUCGGAAAAUCUGGCGCGAAUUGCGCUUCAGCAUCAGCCCCAUUCAACCGUGGUGGCUGAUAUCAUGGACCUCCCGCACCGAGAUGCGUUCUUCGACUUCGCAAUUUCGAUUGCUGUCGUGCACCAUAUAUCCACUUCAGCCCGGCGAGUCCAGGCCAUCGCCGAGAUUUUGCGAACCGUGAAACGCGGCUCAGAGACACAGUCAGGUGGUAAAAUUCUGAUCUAUGCCUGGGCUCUCGAGCAGAAGAACAGCCGUCGAGGCUGGGAUAAGGGUGACCCGCAAGACAUCAUGGUGCCCUGGGUUCGCAAGGCUAAAUCAGCCGAUGAUCAGCCCCAGACGUUCAACCGCUACUAUCAUCUGUAUGAAGAAGGGGAACUGGAGCGAGAUAUCGACCAGGCCGGAGGCCACGUUCUCGAGUCGGGAUACGAGAAAGACAAUUGGUGGGUCAUCGCGACGCCCAAAACUGCGUCAUGA